CACUUAAAGGCGAGCAACAAGAGCCUAAAUGGAGGCACUCGGCCGAAUAUGAUGUUUCAUUUGUGGCCAGCAAACAUGAACAAGGAGGACAAAACACAGAGAGCAAUGCUCCAUUUUGUUGGAUUAGCCGUGCUUCUCUGUGGGGUUGUUGAAAGCAUCAACAUAUGUUCCAUGCGUAACGGCUCAACCACUGAUUGUCAAAUCGGGGGCAAAGUCUAUAACUGCAGUUACCAGCGCCUGACCACUGUCCCAUUUAUUGGGCCGGGAGCUGACAAGGAAGUCUGUUUCCUGGAUCUCUCUCAUAACCAGUUGGUGGAAGUGAAUGAUGAGAUGUUUAACUUUCUGCCCAACUUGCGAUUGCUGGACUUGAGAUGGAACAGAAUCAAACAUGUCAGUAGAUACGCUUUCUUCACAUUGCCUAUGCUCUCAACGGUAUGGCUUACUGGUAACAACAUCGAAUGCGGAUGUGAAGAGAAACGUGUGGAGUCUUUUAGAAACAACCUACGUGUUAGAUAUGGGAGAGACCUGCAAAUCGAUGGCUUCUGUGCAGAUGGAAGUUUUCAGUGCUCAGAAGACAUAGUUCAGGCCAGUGCCACGUGCUACACAUGCCAACAAGUUGAAACUAUCAGUCAGUGCUUACAAAAGCAACAAUGCGCAAAUGAAAAGGGGGUAUGUUUCUCAGAAAUGGAAUAUAACGGACAGAGCCUCACCUUUUCGGCAGGAUGCAAAGACUACGAGAAUUGCAUGACGGAUCUUCAUUUGACAUGCACAGACUCCUCGGCUGGCAAAGGAGGCACACUCUCUGCCAACUGUAGAUUUUGCUACAAGGGGUCGCUGUCAAAUAAUAUUGUUGUUCCAAAUUUUAUAUCGAAGUACACCAUCGGUGGAAAAAUAACACUGUCUGCAAAGGUAAUGCCCAGAACAGAGAACUACACAGCAGAACUUAGAAAUCUCGUAAGUCAAGCGCCUGGCGAUAUAGAGGUCGGACAGCUUGAGUUCAGAAACGAUGGCCUCCUUUUAACGUUCCGGAUGUACGUCACAACAGUGUAUUUUGAAACAUUGGCGCACGUGUUAAAUGGGAUUGCUAACGAAAUGAGAAUCAAUAUUCAAAGCAUAUCCUUUAAUGCCCUUGUCGAGAAUGGGAGUGCCGAACCUGUCCACUGCCCAGAGAUCAGUGAAGAUACGCCCCGAGGACUCUUUGUUUGGCCAGUGACCAUAACCGGCAACGAAAUUACGGUUACCUGUCCGAUUAAUGCGAAGGAAAAUGCAACUCGAAAGUGUAACUACAAAGCAGAGUGGGAAAGUGCCGCAAUAUCAAAGUGUUUGUUCAAGGACUCGUUUGCCAGAAAAUUAGAAGAAAUGGACAAUGUUUUUGUCACCGACGAAAAUGUACAGGAGCUUGUCAAGAACUUAAGUUCUGCAUCAAACAACUGGACAACGUACCAUGAGCAUCACGUAGACAUCACUGUGAAUGUCCUUGAAAACGUAAUGAAUUACGCUACCACUGGAUUGUCAACUGCAGUUUCAGAGGAUUUAGUUAGCGUUAUCAGUAACGUUAUGAACGUUAACGAUUCUAUUCUAUCAAAGGCUCAAAGCACGGGCAAAACGUCACAGAGAAUGGUUGAGCUGGUUGAACUCAUCGGAGAAAGAGUUAACAGGAGCCGAAAUAAGUUUCAAUCGGUGAAGCAAAAUGUAGCUGUUGUUGCCUUAACAGAUGCGGACAACGAAACUAAAGGAUACACAUUGUCUUUUAAAAGCAACAGCUCUGAUCUAACGGAUUCGGGGGUGAAUGUUGUUGUUGGUGAAGCUGAUGUUGACAACGGAAACUCUGGGAUAACCGUCCCCGGCAAUGCAAGCACACGUAGAAAUAUUACGAUUAGCAUUCUAAAUAAUGAAAAACUGUUUACGUCACAAGAAAGAAGGCAUAAUGUUAACAAGACGGGCAAGAAAGCAAAACAUCGACAUAUUAACAGCAGGGUAAUCGGUGCUAGAGUACCGGGCUUCAAUGUGUCGAACUUGACGACCCCUGUUAGGAUAACGCUGCAACAUAGGAAGAAGGGAGGUAAUGUGACAUGCGUGUAUUGGAGCGAAAAACAACAUUUGUGGAAAACGGACGGAUGUUCUGUGCACAAAACAAAUGCUGAUUACACUGUGUGCCACUGCGAGCAUUUGACUAACUUUGCUCUUCUUAUGGAUAUACACAACACUGGAGAAACGUUAUCGGAUACAGAACGGAAAGUCCUAAAAAUGUUAUCUCAAAUUGGGUGCGGCUUGUCGUUUGUAGGUGCAACACUGACGUCCAUCACACAUUUUAUGAUGUAUUAUUCAAAGGACAGGCUGUUUAAACAAUUCAAAGACAGGUCCUCGGCUGGUCAAACAUCCGUCACCGUGGCUUACCUUUGUGGCGCUAUAAGUGUGAUUGACCUUGUUUUUGUAAUUGGAAAUUUUGGGUUUGCCGAAGAACCACGGUUUUGCAAGGCAAUAGCUGUGGUUUUGCAUUUCGCUUUUCUGUCAGUAUUCUUAUUCAUGGGGGUCAUGUCUGGGCUCCUGAUAUACAAAUUGGUCAGGCCAUUUAAGGCCCAGGGCGAGGUCGGUGGAAGAUACUUUCAUCCAGUAAUUGCUGCUAUUGGGAUCGGUUUACCUAUUUUGGUAAUUGCUGUGGCUAUGUGCGUUAAUAUAUCUGAGAUUUAUGGAUAUCAACCUUCAGGAAUGUGCUGGAUAAGUCGAUUGACAUUUCAAGCCACAGUCAUUCCAGUGGUAUCUAUUAUACUUUCCGAGAACAUUUGCGCUGUUCUGUUGUACUUACAUGUGCGAAACAAGAUGCGAAAGAAAAUGAAUUCGGCGAACAUCGAAAUGCACAAAUGGAAACAAGUCACCGACAUUAUGCUCAAUGCUGUAAAAAUGGCAUUCCUUUUAGGGAUACCUUUUGGGUUUGCAUUUUUCGCAAUAGGCGAUGCAGCAUUUGUUGUACAGAUACUUUUUGUACUUUUCAAUACGUUGCAAGGUGUAUUUAUAUUCAUUUUCUUCUGGAUCAAAGACAAAAAUGCACCAAAAUACUGUAAACACACCCUACUUUGUUUCAAAUCUCCGUACGAACAAAGGCAAUCCCAACAAGCAAGUGAAGAUGUGAGCGAGCUGGCAACUGCCAAGCCAAGCACGUUUGCAUCGACUGCAAACAAUUCUGUCGAACCAGUCCGUGUUCCAGAUUCUGCCGUGGAAAAAGUGGAGGACGAUGUACCAAAGGCAACAGUUUUCAGAGGUGGUUGGAAAUUUUAAAGGAAAAGUAAGUUUCAAUGUGGAUGGCGUUCCACAAGUGUAUUUAAAUAAUCUGACAGCUUCAUUGAGAUCUUAUGCCUUAUCUAUGAAGCUCCUGUAUAAUUCUAAAUGUUCUGCUGAAGCCUUUCUGACAAACCUGUUGUGCCACUUCCGUGACAUUUCUAAUACAACAAAACAUCUAAGCGAAGCAUACCAUCGAACAUAUAGCCCAGUAUUCAGCUGAAUCGUUAUUAAAACGUACUAUCCUGGAUUCGCAAACACCAAAUGGAGAUCGUUCUAUAUAUUUUUUGUUAAGCUCUAGUUGAUCUUAUAGUUUUAUAUCUAUUUAAAAAAUACAAGGUGCUCCUAAAAACUAGUGUCUUUUCUAUAAUUGAAACCGUGUGUGAAGUACGAGGGCUGUUCGUAAAUUUCUUGAACAUGUACUGUUUCUUUAAAUAUAAAUAUAGCUUCAUAUUACAUGUAAUACUGUUCUAUCUUUUCCAAGAGUCACAUAUUUAAAAUAUGUAUUUUGUAGAUAUGCCCAUAUUGAAUUUGAAUAAACUUUGCGAAGGAAAGUAAGGGUAUGAACGUUAGAGUAUUUUGCAAAUUAUUUGUAUUGGAUUUUGAAAUACUGCACGAUACAACUUUCAAAUCAAACAUAACUUAGAUAAAAAUGAUAUUUAGUAACUAACAUGACUCUAUAUAUUUCAUUCUACAUUACCAUUGAUUUUGUUGUUGUUUGUUUUUAUUCCUCUUCAAGAGUAUCUAUGUUGAAUAUCAUAUUCAGUUUUUAACUAUUUUGCAUGGUAGGUUUAAAGUCAACAUGUAUAUAUUUGUAUUCCUAUCGCAGGUUUAGCUAUAGGUUUAUGAGAGAGUGAUGCACCUUGUCAUUUUUAGCUAUCAACAUUCUGCUCUAACAAUAUAAAGGCGUUUAAAUUACAAAUAUUAAUCAUCACUGAAAUAAUGCUUUAUUUAUUACUGUAUUCGGAGUGUUUUGGCAUAUGACUCCAUUUUCUUAAAAUAUUUUACAUUUUCAAAUCAUUUUGAAGGAAAGAUUAGCUAAUACAGGUCGCUUUUAUUUUUGAUAAUGUUUUCCUUAUUUGUUCCCAGUUUUAGUACAAAAAUGCUUUCUAUUAUGAAACUCUAUGAUCACACAGUUUUAAACUUAAUAUUUUUUAAGGCAGACUGUGUGGGAUGUUUAUAGUUUCAAACAAUGACUGCAUUGUAUCUUUGAAAAGUUUUUGCAUUAGGUGCUCUGAAUUGUAUCCCUCCGUCUGCAGAUAGAGCUGGGAUCUCUGAUCAUAGAAGUACUUGGGGUUUACCUAUACGUUUAUUAUUAUGUGUUUCCUCAAGUUAAUGCAUACUUUGAUAAGAUUUACCUUUUGCGUUUUAUCUUUAUUAAGGAUUGUUGGGAUAAGAGUGAGGUUUGUGCACAUAAACUGGUUUAAACCCCCAAUAAAUUUACAUUUUACUGACCGUUCCAAGGCGGUACCUAACAAUUCUUGAUAAACAUAUCUUUCUUUUUUUAUAUAGUAUGUAUGCACUGUGCUGUUUGUGGAGUUUUGUGCUGUUCCUUUAUGUUUUAUGUUUCUUGUUUGUGAUUUUAUGUUCUAUGUCUUUGGUGUUAACCCCGUGCCACUAAACCGGGUCUAUGUUUAAACCUUUUGCUACUGAGCUUGUUCAAACUGACGGUGUAAUAUUGUAAGUGUGAACAAAUAUGCGAUUUCUACUCUAUUGAACAAACAUAUGUAUCCUUUACAUGUGAUCAAACUAGUUAAGUUCAAUACAUGCUUUGUUAAAUGAUAUUGGUUUGUCUCACGUUCGGUAUGUACAUCUUGUGUAAUACAAUUUAUCGUUAAAACGCCGUAACUGUUAAAGGUGCACUCUCACAGAUAUACCAUUUUUACAACUUUUUUUUAUUUGUUUGUCUUGGAAAGAGCAUUUUUUCCGGGAAUAUCUGUAAACCAAUAAUAAAAGAUUGCUGACAAAAAAUCAGAUCGUAGAUUUCGAUAUUUCCGUUCGAAAAUUAAUGUUUUAUGGCUUAAACCGUUACUAACGGUUUAAGAAAAAUGCAUAAAAUAUCAUUUUUUGAACUUAAAUAUAAAUAUCUGCGAUCUAUUUUUUAACAGCAGUCUUAUAUACUAGUAAUUUGAUUCCAUGGAUUUUCGCAAAAUUUGGCUCGUUUCAAGACAAAAUAUAAAAAAGAUGUUAAUACGUUCAAUCUGUGAGAGUGCAGCUUUAAGGGAGCUUUGCAUCGAGAAGUAAAGUUGGUGAACAAGCUCCUGUUCGAAUUAUAAGAGUUUAAGGAUGCAUUAUAAUUUGAGCGAUACUAUACCAUUUAACCUGGUUAUACAACUUUUGAAAUUUACAUGUAGAAAUAGUAAUUGUCCUGCUGUUUGUGAUCAGAUUGAACACUCAUGUAAUAUGUAAUAUUUGAGAUUUCCAUGCAAUUGGUGAUCAAUAACAUUAUUUCUUUGAAUGCAAUUACUUUCUUGAGUUAGGAAAGAAAUAAGUACCAAUAUUAUUUUUUGCACAUCCGUUCUUUAUCUGAACUUUUCUAAAAUUCAUAUUCUGUUUGACCUGCAUACAUGCAAAAUGCAAGAUAAUUGUAUUACGUAUAUUUAUCCAUAAAACGAUUCACAUGUUUAAUGCAAUAUGUUUUCGACUUCUGAGCUUGUUCCUGUAUUUUUCAUUGUUUGAUUGUAUUGUUUAAUGGAAUACAUUAUUGUAAAUAUUUGUUUAUGUUACAGGAAUGACUCUUUUCCGUGUGCUGUUUGUUUCAAUUAUUCACUAGUAUAAAAACAUAGAUGUUUUGACGAGUGUAAAUAUAUAUAUAUAUAAUUUAUAUAUAUAUAUAUAUAGAAGAAUGUAUACAAAUGUAUGUAAAUAAAGCACUG